AUGGUUCACCCCCAAGCUGGAUUCCCAACUGGGUUCCUCUGCGGUUCGAGAGGCGCUGGUUCUAACUUCCGUCAGGUGGAGCAGUUACCGGCCAAGACGAGCACCGGCAUCUUCCGGGGGCUUCCGAUAUUCUUGGCUGGCUUUCCCCUCGACGUGCUGGUGCUGGUGCUGGUGCUGGUGCGGGGGCACGGUAAGGCUGGGGCACGGCGAGGCGUGGGGUAGGUGCUCUACCGUACCUACAUACACGUUACCUACAUCGUACUAUUCGAAGGUUGUCGGACAGGCUGUGCUUAUGAUUGAUUGCGCGGGGAAAUCACGUGCGCUACACGAGAGCGUUGCAGAUAGAGUAGGUACAUAGAAUGCUCACUGCUCCACGGACUGCGGAAGAAGAAAACCACAUGUAUGGUAUUAAUAGCUGCC